GUACCCGCCUGAGGAGGCGCCGCACCUACUUCCCGAUAUAACCAACUCCGGAGUGGGGGCGCGGAACUGCGAGGAGGCGGCAGCCAAAGUGCCAUUAAAGCUCGGGGCGGAAAGGAUGAGUUACCUGGGUCCCCCUCUUCAGGGAGAAGCAGGGCCAGCCAGAGGAUUCCCUCUGAAUGAUUAAAAACUCCGCAAUUCUCUUCUGCCACAGUCUGAGUGGACUCAAGGAACUGCUCUAUCCUAACUGUGCUGACGGGCAGAGGAUGGCAGACAGGAAUUGAGAGUCAAGAGGAAGGACAGGGCAGUCUGGCAUCUCAUUGAUGAAAUCUCUGGUGAUUAAGAUGAAUAGUAAAUGGAAGAUACAGGUGGCCUUCAAGGAUUACUAUUUAUGUCAUUCAAGAUCUACUAAGCAUCAUUUUUGCAUGACUACUGCAAAGGGAUAUCUUUACAGAAACAAGUUCUUUUUUGAAGUUUAUAACUUGGACCCUGUUUUCAGAGAGCAGGGCAUUCUUUAAUGAAGAAACAUCACAGCUGCUAAACACAGUGGGUGGGCCACAGGAUAUCCUAGUAACCAAGGAUGGCUUCCUCUUGGAAACUAAUUCUGUUUCUGUCAGUAGCUGGGUAUCUUUCAGAAUAUUCUGGUGCUCUUCCUAAUUUCCCUACUUCGUAUGCUGCUUUGCUAAGAAUUAAAAAGAGUUCAUCUUCAUCUCUCUUUGGUUCAAAGACUAGACCACGAUAUAGCAAUCCUUCUUUAGGAACCCUGAGUGUUUCUUCACCAAGCUGGCGAGGGGCAGCUCAACAUUAUUAUUCCCCCAUCAAUCUUUAUCAUUCCUCAGAUGCCUUCAAACAAGAUGAAAGUGUGGACUACGGACCAAUGUUUAUACAAGAACCAGAUGAUAUAAUUUUCCCAACUGAUUCUGAUGAAAAGAAAGUAGCACUGAAUUGUGAAGCUCGUGGCAACCCAGUUCCCAAUUACAGAUGGCUUCGUAAUGGAACAGAAAUAGAUUUGGACAGUGACUAUCGCUACAGUUUGAUAGACGGGACCUUCAUUAUAAACAAUCCAAGUGAAGCCAAGGAUUCUGGUCAUUAUCAGUGUUUAGCAGCCAACACGUUUGGAAGUAUUCUUAGUAGAGAAGCUAUACUUCAAUUUGCCUGGAGGUUUGCUUGUGGGGUAAGAAUCAAGAAAGGCCUUGAGAUUGGACAGGCGUCAAGGCAAGCCACCUGGCUGAGAGCAGGGGUAAGGAACCCAGACAACAGGCAGCAGGGGGCCAGCACCUGA